CGACAGGAUGGGGUCUUCCUUUGAGCCUAUAAGAGCUAACAUGUCUGGCAAGUGUAACAACGGACAACCAUAUAGAACAGUUUCGAAAAUAAUUUUCUGCAUACCGAAUAGAUUAUAUGAAUAGAUUAUAUCGUUAUAGACUUCUCACCUCUCGUGCGUUUUAACGAGAAAGUAGCUCAUUGAGUUAAAGUGUUACUUAGCCGCAUGUAUUUGAUGUAAUUUCGAAGAUGGAAGGCUACCCUGUAGUUACUGACGGUGACUCCACCAAACAGCAACAGCGGCAUUACUAUCUUUUGUCAGAGUUACAAACUCUGGUCAAAGAUCUACCAAGCUCCUUCCAGCAACGCCUGUCCUACAAUACACUUGGUGACCUUGCUUUGGCUCUCAUAGAUGGGACUGUCUAUGACAUAGUGCAGGGCCUCUUGGAUAUUCAACACCUGACAGAGAAAAAUCUGUACAACCAGAGACAAAAGUUACACUGUGAACACCAAGCCCUCAAGCAAGAUCUUGCAAGGAAGCACAAGGAUGCUCUGCUAUCAUGCAAGUCUCACAACCUUGCCCUCCUCAAAUCAACUCAGCAAGCUGAGAUAGAGGUAUUGGAAAUCCGUGUGCGAGAAGAACAAAGAAUGAUGGAUAAGAAGAUUGUGGUGGAAAUAGAUCAAAAAGUGACAGACCAACAGAAUACUUUGGAGAAGGCUGGAGUUCCUGGAUUUUAUAUCACCACUAAUCCCCAGGAGCUGACAAUGCAGAUGAACCUUCUAGAGUUGAUCCUGAAGCUUCAACAGAAGGAGUCCCAGUCUGGACUUUUGUGACUGAGUCACAAAUUAGUUACACCAAUGACCAUCUUUUAUUACAGUUAAUGUUGGAUGCAGCAUUAUGCAUUUCAAAUAAUUACAAUACAUUUUCAACUCUGCAGCAAUCAAUUCAUGUUAAUCCCUUAAAGUUGUAUAUCCACUACUGUGCAUAAUGUUGCUUUGAAAUGCUGCUUGGAAAUAUAUCAACACAUCGAUAACACCUGGAUUUUAGUUUUUCUAAAAGUCAGCCCUUCCACCCCAGAUCGGUGUAGCUUUUGUUUCUGUAUUAGAUUUUCUUGAUUACUUUAGAAAGAUAUACAAUAUACAAAUGGUGAGUGUUACAGUUGUAUAUUUUGUUCUGAUUUAAUGGCAUAUUUAUUUUUGUAAAAGUAUUGGGAUACACUUUUUGCACAUCUUUUGGUAAAAUUCUGUUUUCUUGUUGGUUCAGUCUGUACUAUAACUUCGAGAAUAAAUAUUUUUGAUACCCUUCAA